CCGGGCCCCGCCCCCCGCCGAGUGCAUGAGGUUGACGCUACUUUGUUGCACCUGGAGGGAAGAACGUAUGGGAGAGGAAGGAAGCGAGUUGCCCGUGUGUGCGAGCUGCGGCCAGAGGAUCUAUGACGGCCAGUACCUCCAGGCCCUGAGUGCCGACUGGCAUGCAGACUGCUUCAGGUGUUGUGAGUGCAGCGCCUCCCUUUCGCACCAGUACUACGAGAAGGAUGGGCAGCUCUUCUGCAAGAAGGACUACUGGGCCCGCUACGGCGAGUCCUGCCACGGAUGCUCGGAGCACAUCACCAAGGGGCUGGUCAUGGUGGCUGGGGAGCUGAAGUACCACCCCGAGUGCUUCAUCUGCCUCACGUGUGGGACCUUCAUCGGCGACGGUGACACCUACACGCUGGUGGAGCACUCCAAGCUGUACUGCGGGCACUGCUACUACCAGACCGUGGUGACCCCUGUCAUCGAGCAGAUCCUGCCCGACUCCCCUGGCUCCCACCUGCCCCACACGGUCACCCUAGUGUCCAUCCCAGCCUCAUCUCAUGGCAAGCGCGGCCUCUCGGUCUCCAUCGACCCCCCGCAUGGCCUGCCGGGCUGCGGCACCGAGCACUCCCACACCGUCCGCGUCCAGGGAGUGGACCCGGGCUGCAUGAGCCCUGAUGUGAAGAAUUCCAUCCACGUGGGAGACCGGAUCCUGGAAAUCAAUGGCACACCCAUCCGGAACGUGCCCCUAGACGAGAUCGACCUGUUGAUCCAGGAAACCAGCCGCCUGCUCCAGCUGACCCUUGAGCAUGACCCCCACGACACACUAGGCCAUGGGCUGGGGCCUGAGACCAGCCCUCUGUGCUCUCCGGCUCAUACUCCCAGUGGGGAGGCGGGCAGCUCUGGCCGGCAGAAACCCAUCCUGAGGAGCCUCAGCAUUGACAGGUCCCCAGGUGCCGGCUCCCUGGGCUCCCCCGCCUCCCAGCGCAAGGACCAGGGCCGCUCUGAGUCCCUCCGCGUGGUCUCCCGGCCACACCGCAUCUUCCGGCCGUCAGACCUCAUCCACGGGGAGGUGUUGGGCAAGGGCUGCUUCGGCCAGGCCAUCAAGGUGACACACCGAGAGACAGGCGAGGUGAUGGUGAUGAAGGAGUUGAUCCGGUUUGAUGAGGAGACCCAGAGGACAUUCCUCAAGGAGGUGAAGGUCAUGCGGUGCCUGGAGCACCCCAAUGUGCUCAAGUUCAUCGGGGUGCUCUACAAGGACAAGAGGCUUAACUUCAUCACCGAGUACAUCAAGGGGGGCACCCUGCGGGGCAUCAUCAAGAGUAUGGACAGCCAGUACCCGUGGAGUCAGAGGGUGAGCUUUGCCAAGGACAUCGCGUCAGGGAUGGCCUACCUCCACUCCAUGAACAUCAUCCACCGGGACCUCAACUCGCACAACUGCCUGGUCCGAGAGAACAAGAACGUGGUGGUGGCCGACUUCGGGCUGGCGCGGCUCAUGGUGGACGAGAAGACUCAGCCCGAGGACCUGCGAAGCCUCAAGAAGCCAGACCGCAAAAAGCGCUACACCGUGGUGGGCAACCCCUACUGGAUGGCGCCCGAGAUGAUCAACGGUCGCAGCUAUGACGAGAAGGUGGACGUGUUUUCCUUUGGAAUCGUCCUGUGUGAGAUCAUCGGGCGGGUGAACGCAGACCCUGACUACCUGCCCCGCACCAUGGACUUUGGCCUCAAUGUGCGAGGCUUCCUGGACCGCUACUGCCCCCCAAACUGCCCCCCGAGCUUCUUCCCUAUUACUGUGCGCUGCUGUGAUCUGGACCCUGAGAAGAGGCCCUCCUUCGUGAAGCUGGAACACUGGCUGGAGACCCUCCGCAUGCACUUGGCUGGCCACCUGCCACUGGGCCCGCAGCUGGAGCAGCUGGACAGGGGCUUCUGGGAGACCUACCGGCGUGGCGAGAGUGGACUACCUGCCCACCCCGAGGUCCCCGACUGAGCCCGGCCCGCCCCGCUGCCCCUGUCCCUACCUCCAGAGAGUCCACCCUCACCAGAUUCCUCUGCUGGAAGUGGCCAGGUGUGGAGCCCUUGGCCGGGGCAGUGGGUGCCCAGACCCCUCCCCAGAGCCAGGCCCUGAUUUGCCUUCUCCCACCUUGCGGACCGUGCCCCCUGCCCACCCUCCACCCUGGCCCUGGAGCCGGCCCGGCUGCACACACUCUGUCCUGUGGCCCUGCCGUACCUCUGUCCUAGCUUCUCCCUGCAUGAGCUGGAGGGCCUCGCGAGUUGUGCCGCAUCCACAUGCCGCUGCCCCCUGCGCACACUGCACCCGUGUGCAGCCCCCUGAGGCUGGGCUGGGAGGCAGCCUCCGAACCGUGCCCUGUAACGGUUGGGCGCAGAGGAGGCCGUGUGUCCCGGGUGAGGCCAAGUUCCCAGGAGUCUAUGUUCCCAGGAGCCAAAUGGCAAGUCUGGGGCCCACUUCCCCACCCCCAGGGGGUGUCUAGGUAGCAGCAGGUGUUGAUAAUUGUCCAGUCCCCAAAAGCAGACAGAGGUCUGAUUCUGCAGGUGGAAGGGGCUGAGCAGCAGCCCUGUCUCUCACUUUGGGUCUUUUUCGUUUCUUUAUCAAAGCCACUUUAGUGAGAAGCAGGUACCAGGCCUCAGGGUGAAGAGAGGUCCCUUGGGGGGAAGGGAGCCUCGGUGCCCGGGCCGGGCAGGGGGCGGCUGGGCAGAGCGGACGAGGCAAGUGUCCACCAGCAGCCCAGCCCCAAAGUCAUCUCAGCGCCCUUUCCCAGCCUCUCUCCAAGGCUCCCUGCCCCUCCUUAUGUCCCCUACCCCCUGCCGCUGUCCUCUGGGUUCUUUCUGUGUAAUCUAUUUUUUAAGAAGAGUUUGUAUUAUUUUUUCAUACGGCUGCAGCAGCAGCUGCCGGGGGCUUGGGGUUUUAUUUUUUUGGCGGGCGGGGUGGGAGGGCCAUUCUGUCACUUUGCCUCAGUUGAGCAUCUAGGAAGUACUAAAACUGUGAAGCUUUCUCAGAGCACUUUGAACCUGGAAAACAAUCCGAACAGGCCUGUGGGACUACGACUUAGGGGGUGGGACACGCUCGCCCCCAUCCAGGAACCGUGACGUCCAAGUAACAAAACCCAGACCUCAGAACAAUAAAAUAAAUUCCGUACUCCCCACCC